CAGUUGCUUUCAGUAUGAGACUCGUAUUUGAGAGACCAAUUCAGAUAUAAAAGAAUACAAUUCUCUUUUCUAUAUCUGACACACCACCACACCACUCUUCUUCUUCCUCUUCUUUUUCUUCUGGAUAAGUUUUCUCAUUCCCACGUCAACGCCACAAUAGAAGCGUUUACUUUUAUGUUUUUAAUAUUUUUAUCUUUAAACAGCAAAAUUAAUAUCUUAAUUAUUUAUUUUUAGUGCUAAACAGAACCAAUUUUGAUUGUUAAUUUGUUGCACUCAUCAUCCACCACCACCACUUUCUUAUAUCUUUAAUAAUUCAUAUAUAAAUACUACCCAACAAUACAUCUUAGUCUAUAUUUUUUUGUCUUUGUGUUUGGUCGUCCCCCAAAAACCAAAACUUUUUUCUCUUAGAAAAUUCUCUGUUUUUCUCAAACACGGCAUUCCCACGGUUUUUGUCUUUACCCAGAAAAUAGAAAAGAAAAAGAAUCAAACUUUGUGGUAAUAAAAUCAUUUAUACAAGACGAGGAAAGAAAUCAGAAACACCCAGUUGAUAAAAAGAUGUUGGAGAUUUGCCGGCGGCCAUUGGAGAGGUGUUUUGGAGUUGGAAAUGGUGGUGAUGAGCUUCUAUGGCAUAUGGGACUCAAGCCUUACGCUUCAGGGGACUAUUCAAUAGCUGUGGUACAGGCUAAUUCGUCUCUUGAAGAUCAAGGACAGGUGUUCACUUCUCCUUCCGCCACGUAUGUUGGUAUCUACGAUGGCCAUGGCGGUCCCGAAGCUUCUCGAUUCAUCACCAACCAUCUCUUCCCUUACCUUCAAAAAUUCUCGAGCGAACAAGGUGGAUUAUCUGUAGAUGUGAUAAAGAAAGCUUUUGAUGCAACCGAAGAGGAAUUCUUACACUUGGUGAGACAAUCUUGGCCAGCUCGGCCUCAGAUUGCUUCGGUUGGGUCGUGUUGCUUAGUUGGGGCCAUAUCCGACGACGUUUUGUACGUGGCUAAUCUUGGGGACUCAAGAGCGGUUCUUGGGCGGAGAGGGUUUGAUGGGCAGUCAAGCAAUGGUACUGUCGUCGCAGAGAGACUCUCAACUGAUCAUAACGUGGCAGUUGAAGAGGUUAGGAGAGAAGUUAAGGACCUUCAUCCUGAUGAUUCUCACAUUGUUGUCUACACUCGUGGUGUUUGGCGAAUUAAGGGUAUUAUUCAGGUGUCUAGAUCAAUAGGAGAUGUUUACUUGAAAAAACCAGAGUUUAACAGAGACUUGUUCCAACAAUGUGGUAUACCUAUUCCAUUAAAAAGGGCUGUAAUGACAGCAGAACCCUCAAUCAUUGUUAGAAAGUUGAAGCCACAAGACAUGUUUUUGAUCUUUGCAUCAGAUGGUCUGUGGGAACAUUUAAGUGAUAAAGCAGCUGUUGAAAUUGUGCACAAAAAUCCAAGAACUGGAAUAGCAAAAAGAUUAGUUAGAGCGGCCAUUAAUGAGGCUGCAAAGAAAAGGGAAAUGAGAUAUGAAGACAUAAAGAAAAUUGAGAAAGGGGUAAGACGCCAUUUUCAUGAUGACAUUACUGUGGUUGUGAUAUAUCUUGAUCGUUCUGAAGCUACUUUAAAUGGUAGUAGACUCAAAGAUCCUUUUGACUGUACAACUGUUCCUAUGGACAUAUUCUCUCUUAAUGCUGAUGAGGAAGACUCUUCACUUCAUCAUCCAAAUAACUGAGAAUUGUCUCUCUUUUAACCAAAACCAAUACAUUGUUGUUUAUCUUGUGAAUAUAAUAAGGAUAUAUAUAAUAUAUAUAUACACAUUAGAAGUUCAUAGAGAGAGUUAUUGAUCUGGCUGGGAACAGAACAGAGUUUUCAUAGCUUUUAUUACAAGGAAAGUUUGUGUGUAAUUAUGUAAAUGGAGGGGUUACAAGAUUGAGCUACUGUUAAGUGUUAACAUCCCAGCUUUGGGUUUUUGCUCGUCUACAUUAGAUGAUUAUCUUCUUUGUUCUUUUAUCUUUGUUUAAUUAUGGUAUAUAUUUUUCUGCUCCAA